GUCUCUUCAGCAGGCAGGGUGCAUGGCUCAGGCCAGCAAUCUGCAGCUUCCUCUCCCUGUCACCCCCAGGCACAAGCUGGCUGACCAGCGGACCAGGAAAUCUCUGGGCCGCGGGGAGUUCCGCCUGCUGCACUAUGCUGGGGAGGUGACCUACAACGUGACCGGGUUUCUGGAUAAAAACAAUGACCUUCUCUUCCGGAACCUGAAGGAGACCAUGUGCAGCUCGGAAAAUCCCAUCAUGAGCCAGUGCUUCGACCGGAGCGAGCUCAGUGACAAGAAGCGGCCAGAGACGGUGGCCACCCAGUUCAAGAUGAGCCUCCUGCAGCUGGUGGAGAUCCUGAAGUCUAAGGAGCCUGCCUACGUCCGCUGCAUCAAGCCCAAUGACGCCAAGCAGCCCAGCCGCUUUGACGAGGUGCUGAUCCGGCACCAGGUGAAAUACCUGGGGCUGAUGGAGAACCUGCGCGUGCGCAGAGCCGGCUUUGCCUAUCGCCGCAAAUACGAGGCUUUCCUGCAGAGGUACAAGUCACUGUGCCCAGAGACAUGGCCCGUAUGGGCAGGACGGCCCCAGGAUGGCGUGGCUGUGCUGGUCAGGCACCUCGGCUACAAGCCGGAAGAGUACAAGAUGGGCAGGACCAAGAUCUUCAUCCGCUUCCCCAAGACCCUGUUUGCCACAGAGGAUGCCUUGGAGGUCCGGCGGCAGAGCCUGGCCACGAAGAUCCAGGCCACCUGGAGGGGCUUUCACUGGCGGCAGAAAUUCCUCCGGGUGAAGCGAUCAGCCAUCUGCAUCCAGUCGUGGUGGCGAGGAACCCUGGGCCGGAGGAAGGCAGCCAAGAGGAAGUGGGCAGCACAGACCAUCCGGCGGCUCAUCCGCGGCUUCAUUCUGCGCCACGCACCCCGUUGCCCCGAGAAUGCCUUCUUCCUGGAUCACGUGCGCACCUCUUUUUUGCUCAACCUGCGGCGGCAGCUGCCCCGGAAUAUCCUGGACACUUCCUGGCCCACACCGCCACCUGCUCUGCGUGAGGCCUCAGAGCUGCUGCGGGAGCUGUGCCGGAAGAACAUGGUAUGGAAGUACUGCCGCAGCAUCAGCCCUGAGUGGAAGCAGCAGCUGCAGCAGAAAGCCGUGGCUAGUGAGAUCUUCAAGGGCAAGAAGGACAAUUACCCCCAGAGCGUCCCCAGGCUCUUCAUCAGCACACGGCUUGGUGCAGAUGAGAUCAACCCCAAAGUGCUGCAGACCCUGGGCUCUGAGCCCAUCCAGUACGCCGUGCCCGUCGUGAAAUAUGACCGCAAGGGCUACAAGCCCCGCUCCCGGCAGCUGCUGCUGACGCCCAGCGCCGUGGUCAUCGUGGAGGAUGCCAAAGUCAAGCAGAGGAUUGAGUACGCCAAGCUGACAGGAAUCUCCGUCAGCAGCCUGAGCGACAGCCUCUUUGUGCUCCACGUGCAGCGUGAGGACAAUAAGCAGAAGGGGGACGUGGUGCUGCAGAGUGACCAUGUGAUUGAGACACUGACCAAGACGGCCCUCAGCGCCGACCGUGUGAACAGCAUCAACAUCAACCAGGGCAGCAUCACCUUCGCAGGGGGUCCCGGCAGGGAUGGCAUCAUCGACUUCACGACCGGCUCGGAGCUGCUCAUCACCAAAGCCAAGAACGGGCACCUGGCUGUGGUGGCCCCACGGCUGAACUCUCGGUGAUAAAGGCGCCCACUGGACCCCCCUCCUGCCUCCCAGUGCUUUGCUCAUCCCCUUCUCCCCUUCCCAGUUACCAAAGACUCGAGCUUCCAGACAGGGACCCAGGGACACCUUGAAGGCCACCAACAAACUCCUGCCUGCUGCUCGCCCCUCUCUUGAGGGAGCAGCAGGGACCAGGGAGCUGCCCCAGGAGUGGGCCAGGCCGGGCCACAGCAAUAGGAAAGCCGGGGCCAGAGGCAGCCACGCCAGCCCCACUGCCAAUGCCAAAUAUUUGAGAGAAGGGAACUUUUGCUGAGGUUUUCUCUGAGAUUUUUUUGAUGCUUUAUAGGAAACUAUUUUUUAAAAAAGCCAUCUUCCCACCCCCAAGACACACUGGAUGUGUUUUCCCUGACUCCAGCAGGGCAGGGAGUGGAGCUGAGAGGGUGGGCGGUCUGGGCCUUGGUGCCCUCUUCCCUGCCCAGGCCACCCUCUCCUCCUCAUUUCCUUGGCACCUUGUCUGUCUGCCUGCCCACCGGUAGCCCACUCCAACAUCCCCCUGGGGGCUGAGACCACCCUUGCCUGCCCCCUCCUUCCUGCCUUAAAAAUGCCCUUCUAAUAUCAUCCCAGCCUGAGGGCAUCCUGGAAUAGGGACAGGACCCCUAGGGCAUAGAAUUUGGAUGACUCUAGGGCAUAGAGUUUGGACGACUCUGAGAGAUCACCUAGUCUAGUCUCCUGGUGUGACCAGCAAGAGACAGAGGCCCAGAGAGGGGAAGGGACUUGCCCAAGGUCAUCCAGCAGGUUGGGGCAAAACCAGACUGCAGCCCUGUCCUCAGCACACCUCACUGCCUCUCCCAGGGACGGGGUCCCCAUGAAACAGGCUCAUGCCUUAAGGGUGCAUGUGGCUUCCUGACCAGCAAUCUCCCUUGGGGGCCACCAGGUGGGAGGAGCACUCCUGCCUGAGUCCAUGCCUUAGGAUGACAAACACCCUGCCCAUACACUUUGGCCCCAAUUCAAGGACAUAGGGCCUUUACUGGCCCCUGACCCCCCUCCCUAUCCUGGGAGCCUGGGGAAGGGGCCAGCCUUGGGAGGAGCUGCAGGGGCAUCACCUCUUUCUGCUGAUUCUCCCCCUCCCCCACCACCUCCCCAGAGGGGCUGGGAGACUGCCCAGCUGCCUCUGCCCUCCUGUGGGGGGGGUCUCAGCCCACUGCUGACACUUCUGCAAUCCAGAGAAACACUAAAUAAAGCAAUACGUGUUUGCCAA